AAAAUAAAGUUUCUUUUUUUUUAAUUUCUUUUUUUUAUUUUACGUGACAACUGGAAGACUCCUCAGAAUUACCAUCGGAUCAAGACUUGAACUAAAGCGAUAUUUAGUAGACACUGGUGCCGGAAUAAACAUAGUCAAACGCUCAAAAAUCAUUUACACUCCAUUAAAAGAUGUUAAGAAAGCAUUCUUUAUGAGCAAUGACAAAUAUGAGACAGACGAAUACGUUUACCUUAGAAUCUGUAACAAAAGAAACAAAUUCUACGCAGUAGCUGACGACUUCCCACUAAUUGAAGACGGAAUCAUAGGGUUACCAAUGUUAGAAAACUAUCAAUAUAAAAUUACAAACGACCAAAUCCAACUCAACGAUCAUAUAUUCUUAUUUCAGUCACCACAAUUUCUACAGGACAAAUCAGAGUCGAAACAAUUUAUCUCGACAAGAGACCAACGCAGGUAUGCUUCUGCAAUACUGGUGAGCAACCAAUAUCAAUUUCUAAUGAUCCCUCUAAUAAAGUUGAUCUCGAACAAAUUCAAAAAUUCAAGAACAUAAUUAGAACAAGCCAUAUUGAAAACAAUUUCCGCAUUCCUAUCGAAAAAAUCCUCUUACACUACAUUGACGUAUUCAACUUAGACACAGACACUUUACCAUGCACCGAUUUAACAAAACACACGCUGAAAGAAAACAAAAUCAUAAACACAAAACUUUACAGACCACCUGAGGCACACAAAUUAAAAAUCGAAAAACAAAUCAAAGAAAUGAUAAACAAAAACUUAAUCGAAGAAUCAGAUUCACCGUACAAUAGUCCAGUAUGGGUAGUCCCCAAGAAAUCGGACGCCUCCGAAAAACAAAAAUGGCGCAUAGUGAUAGAUUUCAGUAAAUUAAACGAAUUAAGUGAUCAAGACGCGUACCCUUUGCCAAAUAUUGACGAUAUACUCUCACAAUUAGGAAACGCCAAAUUCUUUUCCGCACUAGACCUCUCUUCUGGCUUUCAUCAAAUACCAAUGGACGUAACAUCAAAGAAAUAUACAGCUUUUAGUAGGCCUCAGGAACACUUCCAAUACAAUCGAGUACUAUUUGGAUUAAAAAAACGUCCCAGCUACAUUCCAACGCAUGAUGGACACAGUACUUAUUUAGACGAUAUCAUAAUAUUCGGAAGUAUGAUUCAGCAACAUAACAACAACCUUGCAAUUGUAUUACAGAGAUUAAGAGAAUUAGGACUAAAGAUUCAACCAGACAAAUGUGAGUUCUUAAAACCAGAAUUAGAAUACCUUGAACACAUUAUCACAUACGAAGGAAUAAAAUCAAACCCGAAAAAGAUAAAAGCAGUCAAAAAAUUCAAAAUUCCCAAAAACCGAACCGACGUAAAAUCAUUCUUAGGACUAGCAGGAUAUUAUAGAAAAUUCGUACGUAACUUUUCAAAGAUAGCCAAACCUCUAACCGACCUGACAAAGAAAGACACACCCUUUCAUUAAACAGCCAAACAUCAAGAUGGCUUUCAAACUCUCAAAGACGUAUUAUGCAAAGCCCCGGUAUUGAUACAUUCCAACCUUAACGAAACAUUUACAUUAACAACCGACGCCUCUAACGAAGGAAUAGACGCUGUUCUUUCACAAAACGACCAUCCUUAUUGUUGCUAUAUCUCCAGAACACUAAAUUCUCCAACACUAAAGAAAUUACUCAACCACUAAAAGAGAACUCCUUGCAAUCGUAUGGGCAGUAAAACGUUUGAGAUAAUAUUUUCUAGGAAGACAUUUUUUCAUAGGAAUCGACCAUCAAGCUUUAACUUGGCUUAAAAACUGUAAAAAUCCCUCAUCACGACUAAUUAGAUGGAGAUUAAAGCUAGAAGAAUACGAUUACGAAAUACAAUACCAUAAAGGAAAAGAUAAUACGGCUUCUGACGCACUCUCGAGACAAACUAUUAACAAUUUGACGAUUGAAAACAAUCUCCUUGACGAGUAUAACAAAUGGGAACAAGACACCGACACACUUCCUAAACGGCUAAAGAUAGUCCCCAACGAAAAAUCCUUCUUCCAAAUAAGAAAAGAAACUUUAGGACCUACAACAAAGAGGAAUGGUUAAAGAAGAUCAUAGCAUCAGCUACAAAAAACGCAUAAAAGGUUAGACAUAGAAGACAAAAGUUUCGAUGAAAUCGAAAAGGCACGAAUAAAAACAUUUUUGAUGUAUGUUCACGACAAAAUAGAAGAAAUAAUCUUUGCAUACGACCCGAUUCAAAUUCUAACAGACGAACAAGAUUAUAAAAGAAAACCAUAACGACGUUUUAGGAGACUUAGGUAUACAGAAAACUUACGCAAAAAUCAAAGAACGAUUUAAAAUCCCACAUUUGUUCUCAAAAGUAGAGGAAUUUAUAAAAAAUUGUGUAGCAUGUCAAAAACAGAAACUUGUCAGAAUCCACGCGAAAGAAAUUUCCGUAAUACCUCAAACCCCCACUGAACCAAACGAAAAAGUAGCGAUGGAUAUAAUUGGUCCCAUGCCGAAAACUAAACGAGGAGACCGAUAUAUACUCUCUAUUCAUGAUUAUUUGACCAAAUACCUGAUAUUAAUACCUCUCAAGACACAAAGAACCGAAUCCAUAACAGACGCCUUAUUGAAUCAUUACAUUUACAUGUUCUCAGCACCUAAAACUAUACUAACAGAGCAAGGACAGAACUUUAUUAGCGAACUCAUGACAAAGUUCGAAGAAGCAUUUAAAAUAAAGCAUAUAAAAACAACCAGCUUUCACCCACAAUCUAACGGAUCCCUAGAAAGAACAUACGCAAUGGUAAAAAACAUAAUACGGACAAAUCUAGACGACUCAGACAAAGAAUAGGACGAAGUACUAAACUUCAUAUGCUUAGGAUGUAACACAGCAAUACACGAUGCAACCGGUUUUUCACCUUUUGAAUUAACCUUUGGAGGAAAAGCUAACCUCCCAUCCUCAAUAUCCAGAACCUCCAACUACACGUAUGAAGAAAUGUUCGCACUAUGGCAAAAACAAUUGGACAAAUACAAAACACUAGCUAGACAAAUACUUGAACAAAGUAGAAAACACUACAUGCAAGACCAACAAAGAAAAAUCAUUAAAACACAAACGGUAUGUAAAGAAGGAGGUUCUUGUACAUAAUGAUCACAAAGCAGAUAAAUUGGACGAUGAAUGGUUAGGUCCUUACCACAUCGAAAAAACUAUGAGUCCUUAUUACGAGAUUUUAAUCAAUAACCAAAUUAAGAAGAUACAUGGCAACAGAAUUAAACCAUACUUUUCAGAACGCUCAUCUCAUGCACAACCCUCGUCCUCGGAUUGGAUUUAAUACCAAUCGAAAAUAACACAAUUUUCCACAAGAGAAUAUCUACUCGAUGAAAUAUUUAAUUUAAUUUUACUAGGAAAACAAGGAAUUAUUAGCCCCUAGGUCAUAAAUCAUCACAUUUUCUUAGAACAAUACACUAUAGCUUUAGGAAAUCACAUCAUGAAUAAAGGAUUUUCACCAGAAGAAAAUAAUUUCCAAAACAUUUUAGACGUCUCUACACUCACACUGUUUGUCCAAAG